UGUUAUCGGUUUUAGUGCCGGCCGCUGCGGCUCCUAUCGGCGCGCUCUGGGCGAUACUCCUGACGCUCGGCGCCGUGCUGACGGUGCACUUCUGACCCCCGGAAACCCCGUCACUCGAGUGGCCUUGGAGCGCUCGCCGGCCCGCCAGUCGUGGUGCUCCGUCCGCGGCGUCCGGACCGUCUCUGCUCAUCAGCCAUGGCGUUUGUGGCUACACCGGGCGGUGUGGCGAUCCCCCGUCCCCACGCCGUGUGGCGCGAGGUGUCGCACUGUGCGCGCACCCAGACCGGCAGAAAGGUCGGGAAGGUGGUGCUCGCCGCCGCCAUCCUCGGCGUUGGACUGAAGCUGUACAAAAAGUACAAGGCGCACCAGCGCCGCCAGCGCUGGAGCCAGGCCGGCAAGGACGUGGUGGUGCUGCACCAGUUCGAGCGCGGUACCAACAUGCCCAACCUGUCACCGUUCGCCUUGAAGCUGGAGACCUACCUGCGGAUGGCCGGCAUCAAGUACAUCGUGGACACGGAGGAGCCACAGGGCGCGCGUGGAAAGUGUCCCUGGAUCACCAUCAACGGGGAGGAGCUGUCCGACUCUGAGCUCAUCAUCGACUACCUGGCCAAACACUUCAAUAAGCCUAUCAAAGAGGAGCUGAGUCCGUCCCAGCACGCCAUUGGCCGAGCCGUUCAGGUCAUGCUGGACGAGCACACCAUCGUCGCAGUCGCCUACAAGCGCUACGUCCUGGACAGAAUGUCCUACAUCCUCAAGUGCUUCCCCAAGCAGUAUCAGCUCAUGAUGAGGAUCUUCUACCCGGCCUUCAGCAAGCAGCUGAAGAAGUACUUCUUCACGAACGGCAUGGGCCGUUUCAGCGAGGAGGAGGUGCUGUUCUUCCUGCGCCGCGAGCUGCGCGCGCUGGAGGACGUGAUCGGUGACAAGCAGUUCGUGGUGGCCAAGACACCCAGCACUUACGACGCAGCCGUGUUCGCAGAGCUGACCCAGGUUAUCAUCGGCUGCGCCCCGGAGGUGGAGCGCUACGUGCGAGACAACCACGCCGUGCUGGUGCAGUACUUCGAGAGGAUGAAGGACAAGUACUGGCCCGACUGGGACCAGUGUCUCUCGCAGUAGCCUGCUGUCCCGCCGAGUGGCGUGUAGUUCUUCAGGGUAUUCGGUGCCAGAUCAACGACUCAGAUUCCGCUCAUGAUUAACGAAGUUUUUGGUUGUUUGGAAUGUGUGUAAGCUCUGCAUAGUGCAGAAUGUGUCUUCCGUUGGAUAAUUCAUGUGUUCGCCUUUGACAUGUGUGAUAUGCAAUACAUUUAAUGAAUGUA